AUAUUGAUUUGCUAAAGUUGUCAUAGAAAUCAUUUGGCGUCAGUUUAUAUCACUGUUCCCUAUCACAUCAUGACAUUUCCCCGCAACUGUAAGAUUCAUCUUGUCUGAUGUCUUUAUUUUAGUCAAUUAAAAAAUGUAAGUUCGCUAUUAUGCAAGCUGAACUGGGUUGUGUUUAUGAGACAGUCCGGGGGAGGGCCGCAUUGAUUUGGCGUGGCUUUGACUUGGGGUCUUACAAUUGACAAUUGAAAUUCCGUGAAUUAAGUAGUUCGCAGUGAGCCCUCCAGGGUAACUUAUUUAGACAUUACAUAGUCCAACGUAUGGCUAUUAAAAUAAACACUCUUAAAACGUACCAUCCAAUAUCAUGUGUGUAAAAGGUGCUGAAUAACAUGUAAUGCGUAUAAUGAUAUCUACGUUUCUGUCCCCUAACGGGUGAAUCGACAGCGCAGAUUUCAGAAAAUUCACUUAUUUCACAAUGAUCCAAAAAUCAAUACAAACGCAUGAGCGAUAUUAAUUACUAUUGCCCAUAAAACAGCAUGGCCGCCGAAUUCCAGAAUACAUAGGGCAUUAUGGGAAUUUAACGUUCAAAUUGAAUUUUAUGCAUACAGCAGGUGUGUUCUUUAAAAGUCGCGGGCCAUGUCUUUGUUGGUUUCCAAGGACUGAAAAAAACGCCGUUGUCCUUUAUCUAUGCAUCUGAACAAGGCUAUAGCAGAUGUACAUGGAUUAGACCUUAAUGAUGUUUAAGUCGCUUUAAUUUAAACCUGAAUACUAGCACGACCCAUUACAACAAAUUAAAGAACAGUUCAGACAAACACAUCACGUUAUCCAAGACACAGAGAACACCGCGUAUUUGCCGUAGGCUACGUGCUAGCUUAUUCGCGUCUGCAAGCACCCAUAUAAGUCCCUUAAACGCACAUGUCCACCUCCCUCCACGCGCCCUCAUAUUUUGUUUACAAACAUUCAGGUGAACUGAAAGCAAAAUAACAAACGAGUGAAGACUGCUUGGUUAAAAUUAUAGUGUUUAGUUAUCCAAUUACAUCAAACCACAUGGUUUAAAUUACCGUUAGUAGCAAAAUUUUAGCCUUCAUGACAAGACACAGUCUAAACCAAGUCUGAAGUGUAUUUGUUUAUUUGUGGAAUUGUUUGCAUGUAUUUGGAUUGUAUCCACUUAAUUGCCGGUUUAUUUUUUUUUAUAUCAUUUAGCUACUCCUCGCUGCUCUCGUGCCCUACUCUCGUCGGUAAACUUUGUGAUGUAGACUACAAAAUGAUAUCGUGAAAGGAAUAUUACUAUAGUAAUACAGCGUUUUACGCAUAUGCUGAGUGUCCAAGUAACAGAAUGUAAGAAUGCAUUCAUUCGAAUAAUUCGACAGUCCAAUUUAAUAUUAAUCAGAACUGCAACCCCUCCUAUUUUGUACGUGUGAUAAAUAUGCCAGUAAAAAUAAUGGGGUCAUUUUAAUAUUAAAUACAGGAACAGUUUAUGGACGUAUUAUGAAGAAAUACAACUUAAGAAGUUUUAUGAACGCAGGAUUCCAUCUGCUGUAUACCGAUUGUUAAUGCUAUAUUCUAAAUAUAAUGAUGCAUCUUUUACAGUAUUGCGAUACACAUACGUGGUUCAGUGUAUGUUUUUUAUCAUAGUUCUUGAGCAAAAUACUAUUUACAAUUCGAUAUUUAUUGUGACAUAAAGGGAUGAAAGGCAGUGUUCUUUAACAUAGGUUAAUAAAUUUAAUUGGGCUUGCCCCUGGGGUCGGAUGACAUAGUACGUCCUCGUAACCAAUCAGAAUCCGAGCUGGUGAAAGGCAAGUGGGGUUGUGACACAUCGGAUCCAUAUGUAUGAAGUGGCUAGAGAAAUUGUGAAGUUUUCCCAUGAUUUCAGCGAGAUUCCCAGUAAACUCUUUUUAACUUGCUACGGUGAAACUUCAAAGGAUCUGGAAAUAUAUUGUAAAAUAGUGGAAUAUUUUUUCGUUUCCAGUUUUUAUUAGUUUUAUUGAUUUUGAGAUGGAUCGAGUCCAAGUUUCCUCUCGCUAGUGGCAAUUACUUUAUGCAGCCUUUCCAGCGCGUCGUUUUUAUGGACUCCUCGAUCGAUGAUGACUAUGAGUUCAAUGCCUGAUAGUCUGAUUGCUUCAGACCCGUCCAAAUCAGCCUUUUUAGAGUUUGGACACGGAAUCCCCGCACACCAGCAGCACUCCCCCGGACUGUCUCAUAACCACUACCCAGUUCAUGGCUUGCACGCCGGCGGACACGCGCAGCACGAAAGUCCCUUCUCUUCGACGGCGUCCUCCUACGGUCGGUCGCUGGGGUACCCCUACCCGAGCACGGUAAGCACUCACCACCCGAGUGCUUACCUGUCUUACCAGCACAAUAGCCACAGCAGCACUUUGGGGCACACGCGGAUAGAAGAUACAGAUCACGAGAAGCCAACCGUCAUCGAGAACGGCGAAAUUCGACUGAACGGCAAAGGCAAGAAGAUCCGCAAGCCCCGAACCAUUUACUCCAGUCUACAACUGCAAGCACUGAACCAGCGGUUUCAGCAAACCCAGUACUUGGCCUUGCCCGAGCGCGCAGAUUUGGCAGCUAAGCUGGGCCUGACUCAGACACAGGUUAAGAUAUGGUUCCAAAACAAGCGGUCCAAGUACAAGAAGAUCAUGAAGCACGGCUCGAACGGGCCAGAAGGAGAGCUCCUACACACCACGAACCCCAUGUCACCCUGCUCUCCUGGGCUCUGGGACGUGUCCAUGGCGAGCAAAGGGGCGCCCACUCACUCCAGCAGCUACAUGAACAAUUUUGGACACUGGUACCCGACCCACCACCAGGACACAAUUCCCAGACCUCAGAUGAUGUGAUGCGUUUAUCUGAAUUGGCAAAGCUGCACAUGAAGAAUUCCACCCUUUCAUUUCAUCACAUCUAAAUGCGCCCCCACUCCUUUUUACUUAAGAAUGGUUUUUAAAAGAUAUGUAUAUAAAUUUUAAUCUUUUUUGUCUUUUAUAGUUGGAAGUGUGUCAUGCCUUUAAAGGGACAUGUUCCUAAGAGACUUCUCUCGUGUUCGAAUGCCUGUGUUUUGUUGCUGUUUGUAUGAAAUGUAUAGUCAUUUUUUUUGUCCUUAAAAUGCCAUGCAGAAAUUAAAUGACGUAAUUAGGUAGAAAGACAGGACUUGGAAGCCCUGGUAUAUGUUUACCUGCGUGGGAUGGGAUGAUUUCGACCCUAGGGGGGGGGCUGAUCUUUUUUUCCGUAGAUCAGCGGAAAACUGGAUCGUCCUUACCAUGUGAUAUUCUAAAAAAUAACCAUGAUAACCAAUCUGAUAAUAAAAGUACAUUUAUAACUUUAA